UUGAGCCGAACCCUAUCAAUAGUUGCUGAAGAGGGAGCGAAGAGCUGCGGCGUCGAGGGAACGAUGGCAGCGGACGACGUAGCGAAGGAGCGGAGAAAGAAGAAGAAGAAGAAGGAUAAGUGGGGGCAGCCAGUGGUCGCGCCCGUGGAGGACGCUGAACUAAGUCGAGAAGAAAACCCGUCGCAGCGAGAUGCCGAGGAACAGGCGGAGGAGGAGGAGGCGGCGCCGGGCGGCGGCGAGUCGUAUGAUCCCAACAAGGUGGUGGUGAGCGGGAUGCCCUACUCAGCCACCGAGCAGCAGAUCAGAGACUUGUUCAGGGACAUCGGCCCCGUCGUCCAGCUUCAGCUCUCCCGCUUCCCCGACUCCGGAAACUUCCGCGGCCUCGCCUUCGUCACCUUCCAGACUGAGGAGAUGGCAACAAAUUCACUUGAUUUGGAUGGAAUCAAAAUGGGAAAUAGAUUUGUAAAGAUUGAAAGAUGUAGACUUUGUCCUCAGAGGAAGAGGAAAUUUGAGUUCCUUGAUGAACCCAAGAAGGUUGAUGGGUGUUUCUCAGCAUACGUCGGCAAUCUCUCCUGGGACGUGACCGAAGAUGACAUAAGAGACUGCUUCAAGGAUUCUAAGAUCUCCUCAGUAAGGUUUGCACUGGACAAGAGGACAGGACAGUCUCGCGGCUUUUGUCACAUAGACUUCGAAGAUGAUGAGUCGCGGGAGGAAGCCAUGAAGAAGAAUCAGUUUGAAUUCCUUGGAAGGCCGAUGAAGAUCGCCUAUGCGAUCAGCACUAGGAAUUGACCUACGAAGCCAUAUCAUGUCCUACUUGUUUCAUUCUUGUUUUAAUUUGCAUCUGUGAUGAUAGUGUAAUCUUCGUAGAAGGCAUCGUUUAUUUUAAGCUGACUCCUUAAUGUCAGGUCAGUAUGCUUAUUAAGAACUUUUAUGGUGAGUUCAAGUGGAACGGAAAAGGUUUGCCGACUCCUA